AUGGAACCAAGGAACAAUAUUACUUACUUCAUCCUGCUGGGCCUCACUCAGAAUCCGAGAGCACAGAAAGUACUUUCUGUCAUCUUUUUGCUCUUCUACAUUUUGACAGUUCUGGGGAAUCUUCUCAUAGUUGUGACUGUAAAUCUCAGUAAGACCCUCGAUUCACCCAUGUACUUCUUCCUUGCUAGCUUAUCUUUUGUGGAUAUUAUUUACUCAUCAUCUAUUUCACCUAAGUUGAUUUCAGACAUGUUCUUUGGGGAGAAAACCAUCUCCUUCAAGUUCUGUAUGAUUCAGCUCUUCACAGAACACCUUUUUGGUGGAUCAGAGGUAACUCUUCUCUUGGUGAUGGCUUUGGAUCGCUACGUGGCCAUUUGUAAGCCUUUACAUUAUUUGGUUAUCAUGAAGAAAUGGGUGUGUGUUGUGUUGCUGGUAGUGUCUUGGUUUGGGGGAUUUUUGCACUCAAUAAUUCAACUAAUCACGAUUUAUGGGCUCCCGUUCUGUGGCCCCAACAUCAUUGAUCAUUUUAUGUGUGACAUGUAUCCUUUAUUGGAACUUGUCUGCAUUGAUACCUAUGUCAUUGGUAUCUUAGUGGUGGCCAAUGGAGGACUGAUGUGUGUGAUUAUUUUCACACUCCUGCUCAUCUCCUAUGGUGUCAUCUUGCAUUCUCUAAAGAACUUUAGUAAGGAAGGAAGGCGGAAAGCUCUCUUCACCUGUGGUUCU